GGCGUGCCCGCCCGGCCGGCCCCUGGCACGGGGGAGGAGUCUGCUCCGCGGGCCGAGCUCGGCGGCGCCGGUGCCUUAAGCCGCGCUGGGGGGGCGGCUCGAACCCGAGCGGCCGCUGCGCUUCGCCCGCCUGCACGGCCUGAGGACAAGCGCGGGACGAUGUCGGAGGCGCGGCACGACAGCACGAGCAGUUUACAGCGGAAGAAGCCACCAUGGCUGAAACUGGACAUCCCGGUGCCAGCGCCCGUGUCAGUGCCAGAGGAGCCCCUCCAGCCUGUGCAGCCGACGCGGCGCCAGGCGUUCCUGCGGAGCGUGAGCAUGCCGGCCGACAACAGCCGCGUGCCGUCCCUGCCCCACGACGGGAGGAGACCGGUGCUACAACGACAGACCUCAAUCACCCAGACCAUCAAGAGUAGACAGGUUCGGUUUCAGAGGAGUCAGACCCUGCCCGCUCGCGGGCCCCGGGUGGGCAGGAGUUCCCUGAGAAAGCGGCAGUCCCUGCCCCGAUCGUUUUUCAGAGGCACAGCAGACUGGUUUGGGGUGAGCAAAGACAGCGACGCGACUCAGAAGUGGCAGAGGAAGAGCCUGCGGCACUGCAGCCUGCGCUACGGGAAGCUGAAACCUCAGGUCAUCCGGGAGAUGGACCUGCCCAGCCAGGACAAUAUUUCUCUAACCAGCACAGAGACUCCCCCUCCCCUCUAUGUGGGACCCUGCCAGCUGGGCAUGCAAAAGAUCAUAGACCCCCUGGCCCGCGGCCGAGCGUUCCGCAUGGCUGAGGACACCGACGGCUGCAGCAUCCCCCACACGCCCAUCACCCCCGGGGCCACGUCCCUCUGCUCCUUCACCAGCUCCCGCUCCGGCUUCAACCGCCUGCCCCGGCGCCGCAAGCGGGAGUCGGUGGCCAAGAUGAGCUUCCGAGCGGCCGCGGCGCUGGUGAAGGGCCGCUCCGUGAAGGACAGCACGCUCAGGAGGGCUCAGCGGCGCAGCUUCACCCCGGCCAGUUUCCUCGAGGAGGACACGGUGGAUUUUCCGGAUGAGCUCGACACUUCUUUCUUCGCUCGGGAAGGAGUCCUUCAUGAGGAGCUCUCUACUUACCCAGAUGAAGUGUUUGAGUCGCCAUCAGAAGCUGCAAUCAAAGAUGCUGAGGUGAAACCUCCAGAUCAGACGGAUCUCACAGGAGGUGCCUUGGACAAAAACGAGCUCGAAAGAAGCCACUUACUACUCCCCCUGGAGCGCGGCUGGAGGAAGCAGAAGGACGGGGGCCUGGCGCAGCCCAAGGUGCGCUUGCGGCAGGAGGUGGUGAGCGUGAGCCCCCCGAGGCGCGGGCAGCGCAUCGCCGUGCCCGUCAGGAAGCUCUUUGCCAAGGAGAAGAGGCCCUACGGGCUGGGCAUGGUGGGCAAGCUGACCAACAGGACGUACCGCAAGCGCAUCGACAGCUACGUCAAACGGCAGAUCGAGGACAUGGACGAUCACAGGCCUUUCUUCACCUACUGGGUCACCUUUGUGCAUUCCCUCAUCACCAUCCUGGCUGUGUGCAUCUACGGCAUCGCCCCCGUGGGGUUCUCACAACACGAAACUGUUGAUUCAGUCUUGCGGAACAGAGGGGUUUAUGAAAACGUCAAGUACGUUCAGCAGGAAAACUUCUGGAUCGGCCCCAGCUCAGAGGCCCUGAUCCACCUGGGGGCCAAGUUCUCACCGUGCAUGAGGCAGGACCAGCAGGUGCACAGCUUCAUCAGCGCCAAGAGGGAGAAGGAGAAGCACUCGGCCUGUUGUGUGCGGAACGACAAGUCGGGCUGCGUGCAGACCUCGGAGGAGGAGUGCUCAUCCACGCUGGCCGUGUGGGUGAAGUGGCCCCAUCACCCCAGCACACCGAUGCUGGCAGGGAACAAGAGGCAGUUCGGGUCUGUUUGUCAUCAGGACCCCAGGGUGUGUGAGCAGCCAGCCUCGAUGGAGCCCCACGAGUGGCCAGACGACAUCACCAAGUGGCCGAUCUGCACAAAAAACAGUGCUGGGAAUUACACCAACCACCUCCACAUGGACUGUGUGAUUACAGGCAGGCCCUGCUGCAUUGGGACCAAAGGAAGGUGUGAAAUAACCUCCCGGGAGUAUUGUGAAUUUAUGCGGGGCUAUUUCCACGAGGAGGCAACGCUCUGCUCUCAGGUGCACUGCAUGGAUGACGUCUGUGGGCUCCUCCCUUUCCUAAAUCCAGAAGUCCCCGACCAGUUCUACCGCCUCUGGCUCUCGCUCUUCCUCCACGCUGGGAUCCUGCACUGUCUGGUUUCAAUCUGUUUCCAAAUGACGAUCCUGCGGGACCUAGAGAAGCUGGCAGGAUGGCACCGCAUCUCUAUCAUCUACCUUCUCAGUGGCAUCACUGGGAACCUUGCCAGUGCAAUAUUUCUACCCUACAGAGCAGAGGUUGGCCCUGCAGGAUCCCAGUUUGGGAUUCUGGCCUGUCUCUUUGUGGAGCUCUUCCAGAGUUGGCAAAUCCUGGCACGCCCAUGGAGGGCUUUCUUCAAGCUGCUGGCUGUGGUGCUCUUUCUUUUUGCCUUUGGCCUCCUGCCCUGGAUUGAUAAUUUCGCUCACAUUUCAGGAUUUAUCAGCGGUUUCUUCCUCUCCUUUGCCUUCCUGCCCUACAUUAGCUUUGGGAAGUUUGAUUUAUAUAGGAAACGAUGCCAAAUUAUAGUUUUCCAGCUCAUCUUCAUUGCACUCUUCUCAGGACUCGUGAUUCUGUUCUAUUUCUACCCCAUCAAGUGCGAGUGGUGCGAGUUCCUCACUUGUAUACCAUUCACAGACAAAUUCUGCGAGAAGUACGACCUGGACGCACAGCUCCACUGAAAGGCAAAGGCUGGCUUCUCGAGCAGGCCCUGGAGAUGGACUGUCUUUGCAUUUGCUGUGCCAGUUCCAUGGGGACAAAGCCUCUAAUCCAAUGACACUUCUAACCCUGCCCGUGGUUAAUUUAAACUGUCUCCUUAGCACUUGGCAGGCAUGUUUUUUGCCUUAUCUCAGAAGACUCUGAAAACAGAACGUUUGUGCCUUGUUCAAUUGUAUUGAACCUUUUCUGCUGCCAUUAUUUUUAUUACACUAGUUUCAAUACUACAUUUUUAACCAGAGUUGUUUACUACUGCUAAGGUGGUGAUUAAACAGUGAGGUAGCGUUUUAGCUACUGUUAAUUGUU